UUUAGUUGCCUGGCAGAUGCAGCAAUGGGAAAAAAAGUGGUGCACAUUCCUUACCGAGAGUCAAUUUUGACAAAACUGCUGCAGCCUGCACUUGGUGGGAACAGCAAAACUAUCAUGAUUGCUACUCUCAGCCCUGCAGACAUUUGCUUUGAGGAAUCGUUGUCCACCCUACGCUAUGCUGAAAGGACCAAGAAAAUUCAAAACAAAGCUGUGAUCAAUGAAAGUCCAACAGAACGCCUCAUCAAGGAACUCAAGGCAGAUAACGCCAAACUACUGCAGAAAUUAGCCCGAAUGGGUCACGAAGGAAGAAGGGCAGAGAAUGAAACAAAAGAACUCCGUCAGCUACUAACUCACAAUGAAAUGCAGAUUCAAGCCAUUCAGACACUUUGGGAGCAACAUCUCCAAGAGGCCCUGAGAGACUGGGAGCAGCAAUAUGCAUUGAUCUCACAGGAGAGAAGAAUGAUGCAGACCUUUCCAUACAUUUUAAAUAUUAAUGAAGACCCUCAGCUUUCUGGAGUUAUUAAAUACUUCAUCCAAGAUGGAGAAUGGGAUAUCGGGCUCGCAGACAGAUACCCAAAUGCCAUUACAGUGAAGGGUCUGGGUAUUUUAGACAAGCAUGGAACAUUUACAAAUGCUGACAGAAGAGUUACCUUGAAGCCUUACGCCAACGCCAGGGUGAUUGUGAAUGGAGGUCUCGUCUACAAUAAAACUGAGCUCAGACAUUUGGACCGGAUUAUUUUAGGGUCCAACAGCACCUUUCUGUACAUCGGCUUCCCAUGUGACCGCAGUGACGAUGACUGGAGUCGCUAUGAUUAUGAUUUCUUCCAGUCAGAAGUUGCAAAGGCAGAAGGUUUUGAUCUUGAAAAACUUGGAAGCACAAAUCAAGUGGACGGCACCAUAAAUCCAAGCAUACUGGCUGUAUUUCACGAUUACAUAAAGGUGAUGCCCAUGGUGGCAGAAGCUAAUCAGAUGAGCCACGAUUUGAAAAAGGACAUGGAAUUUAAGUUAGAGGUCAAAAACCUGGCAAUGUCUGACUCCAAAGGCCACGACUUGGAAAAAGAGAUAAUAAUCAAAGUGACUCAUAAACCGAGCCAGCAAGUUUGGGUUUGGUCCAAAGCAAAAUUCAUCAACAGAAAGUUUCUUAUCGAGGACCUGUACCAGAAACACUUGGAAGGGGCAGAUGUCAACGUGGACAGAGAGAAAGACCCAUUCUGGGACCCAGUGGUGUGCAUUCACCUGGGCAGAGCUCAUAUUUGGCUGCAGUCGCUUGCUUUCUGCAUUCAACUUGAGGAGCAGGUUGAUUUCCUAAAUUCAGAAGGCGCUGAGGAAGCCAUCUUACAAGUCAGCCUAAUCCCAUGCACCACCGCUGGACAACCCUUUGAAGAGGAUGACAUAAUAAUUGAGCCCACGACAAUGCUGGGUAGAAGAUUUGAUUUUCAGGUACACACAAUCCAGUGCUGUGGGGUAAAAUGGCUUAAGGAAAACAGAGAGCGAGGAAUUCAGAUUGGGUACCACAUGUAUGAUCUUCUUGAUGCCAUCUACACAACACCUGUUUGGCAUGACGUAAACCCAGUUUUACAGCACAAGACCCAAUUCUCCACACUGAGCAUGUCCCAGGAUUUCCUGAACUACCUCCAGACAAAUGCAUUAUUGGUGGAUCUGUGGGGCCUUCAAGGUUAG